GUCAGGUUACUAAUAGCAGCUUAUCAGUCGCGACCUUCGAAGAUAUGCACUAUUUUAUCAAAAUGUGAUUGUGGCGCGACUCUCCUUCUUUCUCUCGCAACGGCAAAGGUGGGAUGUCUACGAAAGGACAGCGUAUCAACUGCCAAUGAGGGAGGCCUUACUUCUGAAGCUGCCUUUCUCUUUGCCUCCGUGCCUCGGUUCAGUUUUCACGGCAGCUUCAGCCAGGAACCACAUGCAGAAUGUCUUGAAGACACACGAAGGUAUUAAAAUGUUAUCUCCACUAUUGCUGUUGAGUAUGGUUGUGUCCAUAAUGGGUGGUUACGUGCCGCCUGGACCGAGAUUCGGAUGCCCCAAAGACGCGAUUUACAUUUAUCCCUGCACUUGUCUUCGGGGUAGUGACAGAGGUUUAUACAUCCGCUGUGAGAAUACGAAUCUGGCCAGUCUCAGUAUUGCCUUCACGAAUCUGGGAAACGAGGGCAUGCCGAUCGAAGAACUGGUUUUAUAUAAAUGUAACAUAGUACGAUUCUACGGGCCCGCUCUGUAUCCAUUGGAUGUGCGAGUACUCAAGUUUAUCGAUACGCCAUUGAGAUUGAUCGAAGAGCACAGUUUUCUUGGCGUGAACCGAACUCUUCAGGAGCUUUAUGUAAUAAACAGUAAUCUGGAAAAAUUUCCUCGUGAAGCAUUACAGAUUCUCGGCAAUCUCAGUCUGUUGAACAUCACGGGGCACCGGAUAUCUGCCUUACUGGGAAAUAGUUUUGGUGAAAGCGCAGCGGCUGCGAAGUUAGAAAAAUUGGAGAUUAGUAACGGUACACUUUCUUCCUUGCCUGUGGAAGCAUUAAUGCCACUCAAGAAACUUAAAACUCUUGAUCUUCAUGGCAACAAAAUAAAAGACUUGAAGAGGAAUCAAUUCAAAGGUCUAAGAGACACCGAGUUCUUAGAUAUCUCUCACAAUUUAAUCGACAAAUUAGAUCCGUCUCAUUUGGCCGAUCUUGUCAAGAUGGGAUGGUGCAACAUAUCGCAUAAUGCUAUCGCCGAUUUGAAAAGAGGAACCUUCGCCCGGAAUUCCGUCUUGAAAGUCUUAAAUUUGAGCCACAACAAAAUCAGGAAACUUGAUUCAAACACUUUCCGUGGCAUGCGUUUUCUUAGACGAUUAUAUCUGAGCGAUAAUCAAAUCGAUGACGUGGGUCGUGGAACUUUCGGUUCCGUUACCAGAAUUGGCACCGUCGAUCUUUCCCGGAACUUCAUCAAGAAAAUCGAUUUCCAAAUGUUCAAUCAGUUACAAUUUGCUGAGUUUAUAGAUGUUUCCGAGAAUUUCGUGACAAUCGUGGAGAAAUUGGCGUUCAAAGAUAUCUAUCUGGCGAAAGUGAAUCUGUCUCACAAUGAAAUUUCAAAGAUCGAAUCAGGCGCUUUCGAGAAUUGUGCGAAUAUUACAUUAUUGGAUCUUAGCCACAACAAACUCGAGAAUAUCUCAAAGUAUUCUUUCGAUAGUGCGUCUUAUGCUAUGGAAUUACAACUUAGUUAUAAUCUAUUUACGUCUCUAAAUCAGAUUCCAAUGCAUAACAUGACGGGAUUGAAAAUCUUAAACGUUUCCCACAAUUUGAUACAUUCCGUUCCACGACAGACUUUUCCAAAGCUGUACGAACUCCACACGAUCGACAUAUCGCACAACAAUCUAUCCGAGAUUCAUAACGCCGUAUUUCGAAUAAAACCAUCGACGUUCGGACCGUUGCCGACGCUUCUAGAACUCGAUAUGAGUUACAAUCAAUUGAACGACGUUGCACGAGGUAGUCUCACUCGAUUAGCCAGUUGCAGGAGUUUAACGGUGAAAAAUAAUCGUUUGACAAAGAUUUUCCAAUUGCCAAUUUCUCUGGGUCAUUUGGACUUCUCGGAGAAUCUGUUGGAAGAGAUUCCAAGCACCGACGUGUGGCCUACGAUGAAUGCAUUGCUCUCGCUGGAUCUUUCGCGGAAUCAGCUGGGCGAUAACCUGCAAGAGGGGAGCUUUGAAAACCUGCUGACCUUGAGAAUCUUAAACCUGCAAGCGAAUAACAUAACAAAGCCGCCUUGGCAAGCACUCGGCGGUCUGAGCAGUCUGCAGUAUCUUUAUCUGCAGAAUAAUUACUUGACGAAACUGGAAAAAGCCGCCUUCGGUCGUCUGCCAAUAGUAUUUGAGCUGAACUUGGCAAACAAUAAAAUAAGUAACAUAACAAGCCGGGCAUUCGAGGGCCUGUUGCAGCUGCUAACGUUGAACUUGACGAACAACAACAUUAACUACAUACCGAAUGGCGCGUUUCAGGGUCUAGUAUCUCUACGAACACUCGAUCUAUCGCAUAAUAAAUUGGAGAAGCUGGACAAUAAGACGCAUGGAUUGCUCGAUGAUUGUCUAUCUCUGGAGAGGCUCAACCUUAGUCAUAACGAGAUAUCAUUUAUCACCCGGAAGACUCUUCCAAAUGAUCCCUGGAUCCCUUAUAGACUUAAGGAAGUCGAUUUAUCCUAUAAUACAAUGCCGGUUGUUACCUUCGAUUUCAUUGCUGGUGCUAAAAAGAUUCAGUAUUUAAAUCUUUCUCAUAACAACAUUGAUGAGAUCAGGAGAUAUGUAAUCGGGAAUUUAACGGCUUUACAGACAUUGGAUUUAUCGUAUAAUGACAUAAGUGACAUCUCCGAACAAGAUGUCUUUCUUCCACCGUUAAAUUUAACCAACUUGCAUCUGAGUAACAACCAUCUAAGCCAUGUGCCUCUCGACAAAAUUCUAUCGCUGCCGAAUCUAAAAGUUCUCAAUCUGGAAGAAAAUGAGAUUGGUGUUUUCGAUGAGAGAUUCAUGAAGAUUAUUCAGAACGGCACGGUGUUCAAAUAUUCCGGUAAUCCCAUGCAUUGUGAUUGUCAUGUGCGGCCAUUGAAGAGAUGGCUAAAAUCUCAAACGCAAUUUCCAAUGGAAUGGUCGAACGUGAUGUGUAAAAGUCCAAAUUAUCUCGCAAAUAAAUUUAUCUCGGAAGUAACCGAAGAUCUUACGAACUGCGGCGAAAGGGAUAUUCAAGAGGAGCCCGAACUCGACAUCACACCUGAUGUGAAAUAUCGAAGCAUUGAUUACAAUACCGAUGAUAAGAGUUGGAAAGCGACAUGGUACGUAACAUCGCGCGAAGAUAUCGGUGACUUCUACGUAGUGGUUCGGGAAUCCGGUAGCAGCAAAUCCAUGCUCGAAAAGGAUGUUGUCUACAGCGAAAGAUCCUUCAAAAUCAACGAUCUGAAGAGAUCAAACACCAAGUACGAGCUCUGCGUACUCGCGCGUGACUCUGAAGGGAACGUCAAGCAUUAUAGAAAUUCGCAGUGUCAGAUUUUGAAUCAGCACUCCAGCUCGACAGAUAGUCUCAGGGCGAGCCUGUAUUUCGUGAUAGUCGUUGCUUCCUUUUGCACUCUUAUGAGAUUUCGUUAAUCUGACGAAGCUAGUAUCCGUAGUACUUAGAAAAAUAUCUUACGUUUCGUGGAGAUAGUAAGAUAAACACGAAGUUAUUAUCUUUAGGUAUCGCUGAUUAAAUUUCCGAUCGUUCUGCUAUUUUAGAUUUUUAUCUAUGUCGCGUUGAAGCGCGAUAAGCGAUGUGAUUUAUUGUACAAUAAAUUAAUAAAUGUAUAUUCCUCAAGAAGGUGUCCAGUAAAGAAGCUAACGUUACUUAUCGUUAUUUUAACGUCAAAAUGACAUCUUAAAUGAUGUCAAAAUGAUGAUAAGAACUUUACCUUGUUUGCUGGGUGAUAUACUGUGUGCGUUGUACAUAGAACGUAUUGUAUUUUUCUCGGAAGUAGGGACGUUGAACGUCGUGUAUUUAUUUUUG